UAAAGUUUAUGUUAGAAGAUGAACUCAAAAUAUCAUUACACACCACCGCACCGUACGCAUCGACAAGUAACGGACAAAUAGAAAGGUUUCAUUCAACCCUAUCUGAAAUCAUGCGGUGUCUCAAAAAAGACAACGGGAGCAUAUCAUUUGAAGAUUUAAUCUUUAAAGCAGUUCAAGAAUAUAAUAAAUCGAUACAUUCUGUAACAAAAGAAAGACCCAUAGACAUAUUUUUCAGAAGCACAAUCUCUAGUUCAACAGAAGACAUAGAAAAGAAACGAGAAGAAAUAAAAAAGAAAAUUAAAAAUAAACAAACAGCCGACCUCGAAUACCAUAAUCAAGGAAAAAUAUUACCAAAACUUUUUAAGCCAGGCGAAACUGUACAUGUAAAAAUAGAUAAAAGAUUAGGAACUAAACUUACACCUAGAUACAAAACCGAGAAAGUAGCGGAAAAUAGAACGACCACCAUUAAAACACAAACCGGAAAAAUCAUACAUAAAAAUAAUAUAAGAACAUAAUUUUGCUUGGGAAUAACUACAGUCCUCGACUAUUCCAAUUCACAAAUCAUCUCACUCGAAACCGGAUUAGCGGCUAAACAAGACGGAACAUUUAAAAUCAUCCACAUCUUUAACCUACAAAGCUAUGAAGAAACUCUGGCGAAGUUAGAAGAAUCAUUUCAUUCACUCACCCCAUCUCAUCCAUUACACCCAUAUCUUUCCUAUGAACUAAAACAAAUCCAAACGGAUUUACGCAUACUCCAAACUCAAAAAAGACAAAAAAGGGCAAUAGAAGCAAUAGGUACUGCAUGGAAAUGGCUGGCGGGAUCGCCAGAUCACCACGACUAUCAGAUCUUAGAAGACAAGAUAAAUGAGCAGCUAGAAAACAACAAUAGACAAGUAGUAAUUAACAGAUUAAUUAAUCAAAAAAUAAACCAACUUACUAACGCUACUAAUGCAAUGUUGAAAAUUACCCAGAGCUCGGAAGAAAUCAUAAAUCAGAAAGCAAAUAUUUUAAAGUAUAAAAUUCAAUUAAUAAAAGAAGAAAUAAUUAACAUAAUAUACGCAAUUACAUGGGCCAAAUCUAAUACAAUAAAUUCAUUUGUACUUACAAACACAGAAACCAAAAUAGUGGAAGAAAUUUUUAAAAAAGAAAAUAACUUAUUUUUUAACAUAGAAGAAUUAUUGGAAUUUGCUCGAAUCAAAUUAGCCACAAAUGGCAACGACCUUAUUUACAUUAUUAGCUUACCAACCAUUGAAUCAGAUAAUUGUAGAACUUUAAAAAUUAAAGCAAUAAAAAAAGCCCAAAUAAUCAAUGAUAUAAAAUAUGAAAAUUUUUUAGAAUGUAAGAGACAAUUAUUGGCAAUAAUUAAACCUUGUGAAUCCUAUAAUGAUAAGACAAUUUGUAAUUCAGAAAAUUUGUUAGAUUUAAGCAAUGAUACUUGCGUAAACGCUCUAUUAAACCUUCGAGAACCAGAAUGUAAGAUGAUCAACAAUCAACAUAUACCGGAUUUCGAAGAAAUACUACCAGGCACCAUCCUGCUAAACAACUUCAAUGGACCAGUCUCACUAGAUGAAAAACUUCUACAACUGCAAGGCUCUUUCAUAAUACAAUAUCGUAAUUCGACGGUAACAAUUGGUGAAACCAUCUUCAAGUCAAAGGAAAUCAACGUAGUCGAACCAGAACCUCCGUUAUUCCAACUAUUGGGCGAAAAGACUAAGUUAGAGGAAGUUCUCUCACUACAAAUGGUCAAGGAACUCAACAUUAACAACACAAAAGCGCUGGAAAAAUUAAGAAGCAAGGCAACCAUAGAAUCUUCCGUUAGCUACGGAUCCGCCAUCAUCCUACUACUACUUAUAAUAGGAUCAAUCACGGAACUCCUACGAAGACGUAGGUCAACGGAAAGGACACCAGUUUCCGGCCAGAAACGCAAGAAAAGCCCACGCACUCCGGACCUGUACUCUACUACGUUGCGACCGAGAACAGUCGCGUUUAAGGAGGGAAGAGUUAACACCCAAAAUAAUACAAUUUCUCAGACAGAGGAAAUGAAAGAGAGCAUUAAUUGCACAACUAACAGCAAAGCAAUGCUCUCAAUAAAGUUCUAACGAACUUAGCUUGCACCUUUUGGUCAGCGAUCGUGGGAAUGCAGAAUAGCCAAUUUCCAAAGUUGAUCGAACUCAACUUAGUGCAUACAACAAAAACUAUAAUUAAAAUGCACUGGCCAAUUACAAUUAAGUUUGGCCAACGGCGACGGCAACCAAGAGCAGCAACCAAUAAUAUGAAAGAACGUCAGCAAAAACAUCAACAGCGGCA